AUGAAGACCUUCGGUACUCUAGUCAUCGCCAGUGCUCUGAUUGCCUGCGCCGUUGCCCUCAUCACCGACGAACAGCGUGAAGCGGCCCGCCAGCUGGCCGGUAAGUGUAUGCAGCAGACCGGCGCCUCGGAGGAGGAGGUGAACCGUCUCCGCUCGGGGGACACCGAGAACACGGACCGUGACACGCGCUGCUUCGUGCAGUGCUUCUUCCACGGAGCCGGUUUCGUCGACGCCGACGGCAACGUGCAGAAGGCGGAGCUGACAGAGAAGCUGGCGUCCGAGUACGGCCAGGAGAAGGCGGAAGAGAUGGUCGCCCGGUGCGGUGACAACGCCGGUCCGGAUGCCUGCGAACGGUCGUUCCGUCUGCUGGAAUGCUACCUGGCGAACCGCGCCACGCUGAUGUUCUAA